AUACAAACAAGACAUCUGCUUGCUUGGUUUUGAUUACCAUCAUCUAUAUUGCGAUCGCUCUCACUGAUAGCACAGUUCUUCUUUCAUUAUCACAAAAGUUUAUUUCCACGCGUUUUAAAGCUAUGUCAGUUUAAACUUCUAAUGGAUCAUUUUCUGAGGGCACUCAGCUGGCUGUCAGACGUCAGGUCUCUGCAGGGUCAGAACCUGGUGACGAAUAAUGUCUCAGUGGUCGAGGGUGAGACGGCCAUCAUCAGCUGCCGAGUGAAAAACAACGACGACUCCGUCAUCCAACUGCUCAAUCCCAACCGACAGACCAUCUACUUCAGAGACGUUAGACCCUUGAAGGACAGUCGGUUUCAGCUGGUUAACUUCUCAGACAACGAGCUGCUGGUGUCGUUGUCCAACGUGUCGCUGUCGGACGAGGGGCGGUACGUGUGCCAGCUCUACACGGAUCCUCCUCAAGAAGCCUAUGCAGACAUCACAGUGCUGGUUCCACCAGGCAACCCAAUCUUAGAGUCCCGCGAGGAAAUCGUGAGUGAAGGGAAUGAGACCGAGAUAACCUGCACCGCCAUGGGCAGCAAACCUGCUUCUACCAUCAAAUGGAUGAAAGGAGACCAACCACUGCAAGGUGAGGCGACUGUCGAGGAGUUAUACGACAGGAUGUUCACUGUCACCAGCCGGCUCAGGCUCACCGUCUCUAAGGAGGACGAUGGAGUGGCCGUCAUCUGCAUCAUUGACCACCCAGCCGUGAAGGACUUCCAGGCCCAGAAAUACCUGGAAGUGCAGUAUAAACCAGAAGUGAAGAUUGUAGUGGAAUUCCCAGAGGGUUUGACCAGAGAAGGAGAAAAUCUUGAGCUGACAUGCAAAGCUAAAGGAAAACCGCAGCCUCAUCAAAUUAACUGGCUCAAAGUGGAUGAUGAUUUCCCCUCCCACGCCGUGAUUACUGGCUCUGAUCUCUUCAUCGAAAACCUUAACAAGUCCUACAACGGAACAUACCGCUGUGUGGCAUCUAACUUAGUGGGAGAAGCCUAUGAUGAUUACAUCCUUUAUGUAUAUGAUGUUCUCACCACAACCCCCCCACCCACCACUACCACCAUCAACGAUUUCCAAGAUUCAAGACCAGAUGGAGCGCCACAGAAAAUUGAUCACGCCGUCAUUGGCGGCGUUGUCGCGGUGGUUGUGUUCGCCAUGCUUUGUCUUCUGAUUGUUCUCGGACGAUAUUUUGCGAGACACAAAGGUACCUACUUUACCCACGAAGCCAAAGGAGCGGACGAUGCCGCGGACGCCGACACUGCCAUCAUCAACGCAGAGGGUGGACACAACAAUUCGGAUGACAAGAAGGAAUACUACAUUUAACUCUGACUAGACCUGCUAGCUUCCUGUGCUGAACAGCAAACUGUGGACUGCUGGGUUGGGAGGUAGGGGUUGUGGGAUUCAAUCAGGCUGGAUUCACACCUGUGCAGCUGAAGAGACGGUGAGGAGAAGGUGCUGCCAUCGAGACGGACGGGGUGUGGGAUGGCAGAGCACUAGGAGAGCUCAAUUUUAGGCCGCUUCACCAUCCAACACCUCCUGCCGGUGCUGGUUUUGUUCAGUUUAAACAUUUGCUAAGAAUUUUGUGCCUUGUUCUGUUCUUACUGAAGUUCCCACUUUCAUCAGGACACCCACAAGCUACUGUCUCUCCAAACCCACGUUUUUUUGUUUUCGUUUCAUUUUGGUUUUAAUUGCCAGCAUAUCUUAAAGCUCUCUCUCAUGCUGUUUUUGUCUGCAGGUCUGAAAGAAAGCCACACACAAAGUUUCGAUGUAAGAUUCAGUCACAGAAUGAUCGCUUGGGUUGUUUUCCAAGUAAUUUAUUUGGCAAAUUGCCUGUUGCUCUCCUUAGUCCCUCAGAGAUCGAGUUAGAGAUGAUACAAACCAUUUUUGUUGUGACCAACAACAUUCAGCAGCACUGAUGUGUUGUUGCAUUAUUUAUUAGAUAUACUGUAGGCUAUGUGAUUAUAAUCGGCUUGUGUUGGUAUUAGGGCUGUCAAUUGAACACAUUACUUCAAUAUGAUAAAAAAAUUUUUUUUAAAUACGCAGUUAUUAAUGCCUCCUGGCCAAUAUUUAAAUUUUUAAUAUUUAAAUGACAUGACACUGUUUUAUCUAUUAAUUUAAAAAGAGUAUAUUAUUAUAAAGCCCAAAGUAUACUUCACUUUUUACGCAUACACAAAGGUCAGCGUAUAGUGCGCAUGACGCAGAUUUCGUCAUCAGAAGAGUACGCGCCUACUGUACACGCACCGCUGGAUUUUUGUAACCGUGUGUAUUUUUAUUUUUUUAUUUUUUGCAGUAAUUAGUUUAUCCACAAGAUGGCAGCCUUGCCCUGGGGCCGUUGAUUCACAAGGUAGUUGAAAAAAAAAUACAUAAACAGAACAGAACGGAACACAUGCAAGCUACAGCGACAAUGGAGGCCUACAUAGACGAGAGAUUUGAUUUUCAAAGUUCAACUACUGGACAUGGCGCAUUAAAAUGCGGUACUCCUGACAUGCCAAAGAUAUUUUGCAUUUCAACAAAAUAUCACAGACGGAAUGUUGGAAGUCCUAUGUUAACGGACAGAUUGACAACCUCAAUUACACAAUGAUUUACUGUGGACUGUAAGGUGAUAAGACUUAUAUUUAGAGAUAUGGAAAGUAUAUUGUCUUCUAAAGCCUAACUUGAAUUAAUUUGAUUAAUUCAUCUGCAUCUGAUUAAAACUUUUAAACGAUUGACAGCCCUAAUUGUUUCUUAGAUAUACUGUAUGUGAUUAUAAUCGGCUUAUGUUUAUAUUCAUUCCGGUUUGUAUCGCAUUAUCCAUAUACCAGCUCCACUCACGGACUAAUUUAUUGUAAUUAUGCCCAAGCGUUAAAAAGGAAUGCCAAAGCAAAGAAGAGCAGAACGGUUCCUGGCUCAGCUGUACAGGAAGGCCGUCACAAAGAUGUCCCCUUCUACGAAACAAAACAUAUCUAUCAGAGUGUAAAAUAGCUUUCAUUUUUAGCCUGUUCUCAUUCAGUAGGCUCAGUAUGAGGUCGAGUUCAGUGAGUUUCUCCAACUAUUGUUAGUGCUUCUGUGCGCUUCUCAUAGUGACAUUAAAAAAAAAUUGUAAUAAUGAAAUAGAUGGAGCCUGUAUGUUGUAAGCCAUACUCACAGUUGUGCCCUCUUACAUGUUUCGGUUAGCAGCUCGUAUUCUCAAUUCCUUCAAUCCAGCUCAUGUGUAGAUCCCAGACUGAAUGUAAUAACUCUACAAUAAUGCAGUAGUUUAUAAAAGCGAGUCAUGACUGUUGUGUUCGUCUCAUCAAACAUGCUUUUUGUCACAUAAUAUAAUUUUCACAGGGACACUUAUGUUUCUUCACUCUUAUUAUAAAUGUAUACAGCGUGAAAUUAUUACAUUAUUGUAGAGUUAGUAUAUAGUUGGUGAUUUAUCACUCUCAUAUCAGGCAUUGUUCAUAUCUUUGGCCUUCGUUCAGUGUUAUAGACAAUGGGACAGAUACGUAUUGUUUGUGAUUGACUACAUGGGGGCAUUUCGGAGUUAUGGUGAGAGUACGGUUAACAUUGUAAAAUCCUUGUGACAAAAUUGUUUGGUCAUAGCGUUUACAUGAAUUUGUGUAUUAUCAAGUGCUAUUUUUUUGUUUGUUCGUUUGUUAUCUUUUUCUUAGUGUUAUUCCUGAGAUUAUCUGACAGGUGAGCAUUAUUUAGAUUUGAAAACGCUAAUAAAUUAUGGUAUAUUUGUGCGAGGCUCUUGUAGCUAAUGCCACUCUUUAUACUUGGUUAUACGGAAAGAAACUUUCCUUUUGAUUGUCAUUGUAUGUUGUACAGAAUUUUGUGGUUUUAUACAGCAGUAGAUUUAUUUAAACAUAUCAUGUUUCGAAUGCCUACAACACUAAACUGAUUGAGAAUCAAGUACAUGAAAGUUAAAUUAUGCCCCCUAAAAAAAAGAAAAAGAAAAGAAAAAAUAUUGGACCAAUUGCAUACACUACCAUUCAAAAUUUGGAUUUCAUUCUUUUUAUUCAACAAGGAUUCAUUAAAUUGAUCAAAAGUGACAGUAAAGACAUUUAUAAUGUUGUCUACUUCAAAUAAAUACUAAACAAUCUAUUAAAAAAUGAAAAGUAUCACGGUUUCCAUAAAAAUAUUAAGCAGCACAACUGUUUUCAACAUCAAUAAUAAGAAGAAAUGGUUCUCAGCAAAUUCAGCUUUGCCAUCACAGGAAUAAAUUACAUUUAUAUAUAUUUAAAUACAAAAUUAUUUUAAAUUGUAAUAAUAUUUCACAACAUUUACUAUAUUUUUUGAUCAAAUAAAUGCAGCCUUGCUGAACAUAAGAGACUUCAUUUAAAACUAUUAAAAAGCUGGUUACACUUUAUUUCGAUGGUCCACUUUAGACAUUCUACUAACUACAAGUAACUUUGCAACUACAUGUCUGCUGACUUUCAUUAGAGUUGUAGUAGACCGUUAGGUUUGGGUUAAAGAGUUAGUUCACCCAAAAAUGAAAAUUCUGUCAUUAAUUACUCACCCUCAUGUCGUUCCAAACCCGUAAGACCUUUGUUCAUCUUCAGAACACAAAUUAAGGUAUUUUUGAUGAAAUCUGUGAGCUUUUGGCCUCCUGCAACACAACUACCACUUUUAAGGCCCAGAAAGGUAGUAAAGACAUUGUUAAAAUAGUCCAUGUGACUACAGUGGUUCAAACUUAAUGUUAUGAAGCGACGAGAAUACUUUUUGUGUGCAAAAAACAAAAAUAAUGACUUUAUUCAACAAUUUCUUCUCUUCCAUGUCAUUCUCGUUGCAUAAAACUAUGUAAAACAUUGUUUUAUGUGACUGAGUAGGCAGGAUGAUUUUCACAUCAUUUUGAAGCCAAAACGCUAGACUAAAAUAUACAGUUCCCAAAAGUCUUGUGAAAAAAUGUUUAGUAUGUGUUUUGAGGCCUUAUUUCAGUGACUUUUUUUUGUUGUUUGUUUUUUCAAAAACCAUGCAUAUACGUAAUUCUCUCAAAAAUACAAACAUGUACAUACUUGUUGCUCACAUAUUAUUGUAGCCUAGUUUGUGCUGAAUACAGUGUAAUGAGACUUUUGUCAUUAAUAUGUUUAUAAGCAACUGAAAAAAGCACAAAUGUCAGGGCAUGUCAAAACUACUCCAGGACCCCAAAUCAGGCUCAGACCCCAGAGGGUUAAGGUUGAACAACUGUAGUCACAAGACUAUUUUAACGAUGUCAGAAUUUUCAUUUUUGGGUGAACUAACCCUUUAAGUGUUAAGGUUCAGGUUAGUAGAAUAAGUUGACAUACAGUUGCAAAGUUACUUAUAGUCAGUAGAAUGUCUGUUGGGGGAACUAUCAAAAUAAAGUGUUGGCAGAUAUUAAGCAGACAGUCUACUAAUACUCUAAUGAGAGUUAGCUUACAUGUAGUUACAAAGUUACUUAUAAUUAGCAGAAUAUCUAAAGUGGACCAUCAAAAUAAAGUGUUAUCAAAAAUCUUACCAACUCUAAACUUUUGAAUUGUAGCUACAUUCAAUGACAAAAUGAUAACUUUGUGCAUCGCCAUGCAUGUAAAAAAAAAGAAAAAGAAAAAGAAGUAAUUUAUAAAUGUAUAUGAUACCAUUUUGCUCAAUUAUCAUACUGUAAUUGUAAUGGCAUGAAGCUGUCAAAUAAGGAGUGAGGGCUACAAACAGUCAUAACAUGGUGAGGGUUUCCACAGCGGAUCCACCAACCCAUACGGCCAAAUCACUCUUUUCCUUCCUUUUUGCUGUUUACUUUCAUUUUAUUAUUCACAAGUUAAAUGGUAAAUGAUCUAAAACUGCCCAAACCUGAAGGAAAAAAAAAACACAUGCAUACACAAACACACCUUCAAUGUAGGUUUAAUUCUGCCCUGUCUCAGGUCUGUCUAUGAAUUCAUUUUUUGCAUCUCAGGUAGAAUGCAAAAGUGAUGCCCCAUAUCUGAAAGAAAAGACUUUAAGUUAUUAAAAAUCACGCAGAAUAGAGCAUGUUCGACAUGUUUUAUCUGCACUUCAGAUGCUGUGCACUGUGUAAAUGUUCAUAUUACUUUGUAUAGUUGGGUCACAGCAGAUGAUAGGUUUAUUUAAAGAAAAGAAAUGAAUCUACAAUGCAUUUUCCAUUUUUAGACAACCUGUACAAUCCAGAGCUGUCUUUCAUUGUUUCCACAGGUUUUAUGUCAGAUAUUUUGUCUCAUCUCUGUAGUUUGUAUUCCUGUGUAAUUAAAGUUAUUUACAUUACACUUUGUAUUUGACCAUGAAAAUACAUUUUUACAGAAAUGGAGCAGUACUGUCUUAAUAAAAAGAGGUAUUAAUGUUCAAA